AUGUUUGAUUGCUCACAGGUUCAAGGUCGAUGGGCCGGGGAAGGUGAAGGGAAGAACUAUCUAAGGCAAGAGAUCAACCUAUUCUAUGAGCCUAUUACAAGUUUGACAGGCCCUAACGCCACGUUGUUCAACGUCGCCAACUCCUCCCUCACCAACACCUCCCCCACCAGGUUCGGCCGGGUCAAUGUCUUUGACGACAAGGUCACGGUGGCCCCGGACCUCUGGUCGAAGGAGGUGGCUAGAGGACAGGGCACCACCACAUCCAUGGACCUAAAUGUUCAAGCAUACUCCAUGAACCUCAACUUCUUCUUGACCUCGGGUCCGUACAAGGGGAGCACCGUCACCAUCAACGGCCGGAACCAAUUUGCCGAUGCCAGGAUGGAGCUUUCCGUCGUCGGCGGGGCCGAGGCUUUCCGGAAUGCUCGUGGGUAUGCAAUUACAAGUAGCUAUUCUUAUGAGGAGGUCAACAACUACAGUGUGCUUGAGUACACGGUUUAUGUCACCCCUCCUAGGAGAUGUCCGUAUAUCGAGAGGAUUUAA